AUGGUGUCAACAGAAGUUAAGAAUGUUGCUGCGCAUAUGGAUAUGGAUCGGGGAGGUGCUUUCGAUUUCUCGAAUUGUAUCAGAAAUCAAGCAAUGUGCAAAAUGGGAGCAAAAGCCCCAAAAUUGACUUCGACUGGUACAACCAUUGUUGCCGUGUCUUACAAGGUAAUUUUUCUGAACAUUUUAUUUGGAGUUGUUUCAGCUGAAAAGAAAUCAAAAACUUCCAUUGGAUAUAUAUUUUUAGGGCGGACUUGUUAUGGGUGCUGAUUCUCGUGCGACAGCCGGAAAUAUUAUUGCUGACAAACACUGUGAAAAAGUUCACAAAUUGACUGAAUCAAUUUAUGCUUGCGGUGCUGGAACAGCUGCUGAUCUCGAUCAAGUAACCAAAAUGUUGUCGGGAAAUCUUCGACUUCUCGAAUUGAACACUGGUAGAAAGGCUCGUGUUAUCACUGCUCUUCGUCAAGCAAAACAACAUCUUUUCAAUUAUCAAGGAUACAUCGGAGCAUAUUUGUUGAUCGGAGGAGUUGAUCCAACUGGACCACAUCUUUAUAUGUGUUCAGCAAAUGGAACCACAAUGGCUUUCCCAUUCACUGCACAAGGAUCUGGAAGUUAUGCUGCUAUUACUAUUCUUGAACGUGACUUCAAAGUUGACAUGACCAAGGAAGAAGCUGAAAAAUUGGUUCAACGUGCCUUGGAAGCCGGUAUGCACGGAGAUAAUGCUUCUGGUAACAGUUUGAAUCUUGUUAUCAUUGAGCCAAAAGAAACUGUAUUCAAGGUAAGAUUUAAUUUUUUCAAAGUUUUCCCUUUCAAAAAAAAAACAUAUUUCAGGGCCCAAUCGUCCCAGAGUUCUGUAAACGCCCAGAGCCAAAUGAUUUGGUUUAUAAAUUCAAAACAGGAGCAACAAAAGUUUUGAAAAACAAGACUUUCAAGUACGAUAUUAUCGAAUCAAUGGAUAUCAGCCACUAA